GAGAGGCGUUGCGGACAACGCAACGGUACCAAUUGCUCCUUAGGGUAGGAAGGACGGGGAUCGGUGGCCGAGCAGUGAAGGCGGAGGAGGCUGCGGCGGCAGCGGAGGGGACGUACCAGAUGAGGGGGUGUGUGUGUUAAGGAUUGGGAGGAGGGCUGCUGGGGUCCUUCGCGCCGAAGAAGCACGCCGCGAGCCGGCGGCGGACAGUGGGAGCGAAGGUGAUGGCCUGGUGGCACAAGGUGGUGGCGUUCCCUGUGAAGCGCGCUUGUGUCGCCGUCGCCGCCCGGGUCAAGCCUCCAAGCGACGGUGGUGGAAUCAUAAAGCUCCAAAAUGAUGUUCAAAUGUGUGGAUACCAGGAUGUGCAGGUUAUGUGGGAGAUGGUGAGAAUAUCGGAGAUGGAGUUAUCGAACAAACCCAAGAAGCGCAAGCGACUGCUCUGGAGGCUGUUGGCCUGGUUGAAUCAAUCAUCGUCUGGUGAUCCGAUGGAUCCUCAUUAAGAAUGUGGCAGUAGACUUGAACAGGUUUCAGUAAAUAUUACCUCCCUCCUCUUUCUCACAUCAGUAAGAUGUAAGAAAUGAAAGUGUGUGAGACUGAGCCUGAAUAUACUUCAGUUAGUAUUUUCUCUUGUUCCUCUCUCACAUAACUUUAAUAUCAGAACUAUGUAUAUUACUCGGAUCAUGUGUAUAUGUGAAUGCUAUCAUCAGGAAUUGCACUGCAUAAUUGAAAGGUGGUGGAAG